CCCCCAACCCCCUAGUCCGACGGGUCUCCCCAGCUUCUGUUCAGGAUAGAGGGACCCGGACUGCUUCUUCUAGCCAGGUUUCUCAAGGGAAGGGCACAAUGAACAAGAGGAAGAAAUUGCACCCCUCAGGAGUCCGAACCAAAUCCCCCAAGACUCCAAGGCUGGAAGACACUGACGAGGUGCCCCCAAGUUCCCAGCUGAGCCAGCUUCCUCCUCAUCCUCCAGAAGAGCCCGAUGACCCAGCAGUACUGUCUGCCCAGUGUAGCAGGGCAGACCCAGAGCUGGUGGCCCCCAGCUUCCCUGAUGAGGAAGAAGCAACCUCAUCAACCAGGCCCCUCCAGCUGCCACAGAAGGAACCAGCUGCCACUCCUCCUUCCCAGACCUCUGCUGGGAGGUUUGUCCCGCAGUUUGCCCGGCCCAGGAAGACAACACCAAGACAGGUGGAGUCAGAGGAGGAGCUCCAGACUCAGGCCGUUUGCUCGGAAGCCCAGCUGGAGCCGACCCAGGCCGAGGGCAUCUGCCCACAGCACAGCAGCCAGAGCCCUGGCAUGGAGGACCCUCCACCAGCAGCUCCCCCUGGCACCUCUCCUGAAUGGGGGUCUAUACCCUGUGCUUCAGAGAGCCAAGUCUCAGCAUCCAGGAGCUGUCCUCCAGACGGUGCUGCUGCAGAGAGUGGGCCCGGCCUGAAAGAUCACCUGCCCAGCAGGGAUGCUGGACACUGCCCAGACCCAGGAGUGAUGCAUGGGGGAGGCGACACUGAACUGCCUGACCACGGCACAGACCCAGAGCCCCAGUCUACAGCCACUGGUCCCCCCGAACACUCCCCUGGUGGGCCCGGUAGGGGAGUAUGUCAGAGCAGUCAGAGUGCCCCGUGUACCCCCUCUAGGCCCCUUGUCAUCACAGAUGAGCGCACAGGCCUCGAGGAGCCAGAACAGAGGGCCAUAGAGGGGUUUGGGCAGAACAGACAGCCAGAUUUGGAGGCCCCAGGGGAAGAUCAGAGCGGGGUCCUACCCCUCUUAGAGUACUGUGCGCCUCUUCCUGGAGAGACGGUGACCAGCAGAGGGGAGCCAGGGGGAGAAGAUGAGACCCCCUAUAUUAUCCCGCCUCCCACCAUCCAAGACCUCACUGUGGGUACAGAGCUUUCCAGCCACCCGGCCUCAGAGGCACAUACCAAGGGUGCUCACAUGCAGAUGCCAGGGGCACUGGGGGAUGGGGUUCCCCCAAAUUUGCUUCCCCAGCCCCCAGGAGAGCUUUGUUGCUCCAGCCAGAGCUCAGGGUGCCAGCUCAACCCCCCAGCACCUCAGGAUGUGGAGGACAUGCCUUCCUGCAGCCCAGCAGGCCAGCGUGAGCAGCCCGCUGACCCAGUAGAGGAGGCUGACUGGGGUGGCUCUGCCGCCCUCGAGUUUGAUUUCCUGCUGGACAGCCAGAUCCAGGAUUCCCUGGUUGCCCCUGACCCCCCGACACCCCUUAAGCAGCUCUCCCAGUGGAGUGGGCUGAGCCCAGGCCAGCACGCAGAGGAAGGCCACCACGUUCCAGCCCUUCCAAGGUCCCAGGUGGCGGCUCCGGCCCACCAAGCCACCAGCGUGGAGGAUGCCACAGACACGGUACGGGGCCUGGUGCUCGAGCUCUCCAACCUCAAUCGACUGGUCAUGAGCACCCACCGAGACCUCGAGGCCUGCAGGCGGCUCCGCCUCCGGAAGGGGAAGCCUGUGACCCCGGGCCCCCGCGCUCCUGGGGGGCCCUCCUGGCGGGAUGACCCAUAGGCGCUUCUGGUCCGUGCAGGGGCAACCACGCACGUGCUCUCCAUGCCACAGCCUCAGAAAGUCUGUGGGUCACGUUGUUUCUGCAGGGAUGCUGGAACAAUCCCUCACGGCCCUGUGCACCCCCAGUAUGACCCUCCUAGGUGACCUCUGCCCCUGGGCAUCUGUCCUGAAUGCCUUUCUGUGCAGGGGAGCCUUCUUGGAGGAGGGAGAAAAGGGCCCCUGGGAGAACCGCCCCUGUCUCCUGGACAACAAUCAAUAAAAUGAUCCCCCAAGGAUGCAGCCUCCGUUUGGGGUGUGAGAAGACCCAACUCUUCCUUCUCAGCUGCCUGGGAAC